AAUUACCCGACAAAGGUCAAGGAGAUAAUGGUGACUUCAUGUUUAAGUAUGCAUAUUUAAACGUUCGCGAUGGUCGUGUGAAAGAUUUGUUCUUCUAUAAAAAUGACGCAAAUAAUGGACGUUAUUGUAAUUGGGUGCGGUGCGUCGGGCAUUGCGGCGUUGCGAAAGCUCCACGAUGCUGGUUUAAAUGUUCUGGGCUUAGAAGCUGAAGAUAGAAUCGGAGGAAGAAUUAAGACCAUUCAAUAUGGAGAGUGCUAUUUAGAUCUUGGCGCUGCUUGGUGUCAUGGAGAAAAAGACAACAUAGUCUUUGAAAUGGCGAACCCUUUAGACCUUUUGGGACGCCCUAAACCUGACAAUAAAAUGUACGUGCUGUCAAACGGAGAAAUUCUCAAAUCGGACUUGAGUGAAUCUAUCAUUGGCGCUUUGGAUGAGGCUGUAGCGAAAGCAGAUAAGAAUACGAGCCAGUCCGUUUCUGAAUGUGUUAGAAAAGCAGUGAAAACCAACCCCACGCUGACAAAGGAUGCAAAGCUAUCGCAAUCCUUUCUAGAAUGGUUUGAGAAGAAUAAUCAUGUCGGCGGUCAAACCGACCCUCUUCAUGGCAAGUCGUUGAAGGGCUUAGAGGAGAGUUGGGGUUGUGAAGGCGAAUUCAUGUUGAACUGGAAAGGAAGAGGAUACAGAACAAUAUUGGAUUUGUUAUUGAAUAAAUAUCCCGAUCCCUCAAAGGAAUUGCCCAUUCAGAUCAAUUUUAAGAAAGAGGUGGAGACUAUAAAAUGGCGGUCACCUCAAGCUGGCAACCCUUUGGUGCAUGUUAAAUGCAAGGACGGAAGUCUGUAUUCCGCGAAGAGUGUUAUUGUAACUGUAUCUUUGGGAGUUCUGAAGGAUAGAUACAAUCAACUUUUCAAACCACAAUUACCGGCUGAAAAAAUAAACGCAAUUAACAACUUACAACUUUGCGUUUUGGACAAAAUCUACAUCGAAUUCACCAAACCUUGGUGGCCCCAAACACCCGGCUGCUUCACAAUUCUAUGGCGAGAGGAAGACAAAGCAAAGUUUAAUAAAAGCGAACAGUGGAUUACAGAAAUAUCCGGAUUUAAUACCGUUGAAUACCAUCCAAAUGUUUUGCUUGCCUGGAUUUAUGGGGCUGCAGCUGAGAAAAUGGAGAAAUUGACGGUCGAUGAAGUGAAAGUUGGGAUCGAAAAGCUUUUGUGUGUGGUCUUCAAGAAGAGCUUCAAUGUGGCUCCCGUGAAAUGUGUUACUAGAACGGAGUGGGCCUCAAAUGUUUUCGUAAGAGGUUCGUACUCAUACCGCAGUGUUGCCAAUGAAGAAAAAGGCGGCAGUUCAAUUACCUUAAGUGAACCUUUGUAUUAUGGGGAAAAUUUCCCAAUUGUUUGUUUCGCGGGUGAGGCAACUUCCCACCAUAGAUUUUCUGCCGUCCAUGGGGCUGUAGAGGCAGGUUUUAGGGAAGCAGACAGAUUAAUUGCCAGUUUCAAAAAAUAAUAUUACAGCGUAUAUGUCAUCCUUCAAUAUUUGUAUCCAUUCAUUUAUAUUUUAAGGAUACUUUAUGAUAAUCCCCUCAUUAAAUACCUUACAUAUUUCUUGUUAGCACUGCGUUAACAAAAAUCCAGUUUCGUCCCUUUCAAAUUUUCUUUCGUUGUGAAUUAAACUGUUAAGACGAUCUGAUUAUGCAAUUAAGUUUGCAUAAUUAUUUUAUUGUUAAAAUUUAAUCAGUACAAUGAUACAUCAGUAACUAUCUCAUUCCUGUGUUGUGUUCUAUUCAGGCCAUUUUGUAAGGCACAUAUCAACCUGUCCCCACUAAUAUAAUUUUAGUUUCACCGGGAACAAACUUUCUGACAGGGAUAAUUCUGAUAAUACAGUUUAUAUGAUCUACCCACAAAUUUAAUAAUUAUUUGUGCGAAUUUGUCAUUUAUUAUGUAGGUAUUCCAAUUUUUGUUGUUAUUAAA